ACCCGGCGAGGGAAGUGUGACCGAGGCUCCCACCUGAAGAUUGGCCCAGUCCUCAGGUUUCACUCAUGACCCUGUGACAUCAGCGGCAGCAGCUGUCCUCGCCGGCCCGGCCCCCCAGCCAAGUCCCCCAGAGUUCCAGCCCCAGCCUGAGGUGGGCACGGCGCUCUGGGCUUGUCAGCAACCGCUCUGCUCCCGUCCAAUAGCUGAAGCCACACAGUUCCCAGAGCUUGAGCCCAGGAGGCAGUCGAAGGCACGAGGGUGUUGGUCCCAAGUCCCAAGGCCACAAAGAAUCUGGUUGGUUUGCCGUCGGUCCUGGGGGCGGCCCCUGCCACUGCUGGGGAAAGCGUGGUGUGGGGCCAGGGGUGAUGUUCUGUGCCCAGCACCCGUGCAGCAGCAGCACCUGGGCCUUGCAGGUACAUCUCCCAGUCCCAACAGAGCCUGCACGCCCACCUCCCCGGCUCAGCCACUGGGCAAGCAGGAGGUGAGGAGUGGACGGCCGGCCCAGGGAGGGGCGGCCGCCUAGCACUCCGGGGCUGUGCACUGCAGCUCCCUUGGCCACCCACCACUCUCCUGGUCUGUGAGCCCAGGAUGCGAGGAUGGCCAGACCAUCUCUGUGCACCCUGGUGCCUCUGGGCCCUGAGUGCUUGCGUCCCUUCACCCGGGAGUCCCUGGCAGCCAUAGAACAGCGGGCGGUGGAGGAGGAAGCCCGGCUGCAGCGGAACAAGCAGAUGGAGAUCGAGGAGCCCGAACGGAAGCCACGAAGUGACUUGGAGGCUGGCAAGAACCUACCCAUGAUCUAUGGGGACCCCCCACCAGAGGUCAUCGGCAUCCCCCUGGAGGACCUGGAUCCCUACUACAGCAACAAGAAGACCUUCAUCGUACUCAACAAGGGCAAGGCCAUCUUCCGCUUCUCCGCCACACCCGCUCUCUACCUGCUGAGCCCCUUCAGCCUGGUCAGGCGCGGGGCCAUCAAGGUGCUCAUCCACGCGCUGUUCAGCAUGUUCAUCAUGAUCACCAUCUUGACCAACUGUGUCUUCAUGACCAUGAGUGACCCGCCUCCCUGGUCCAAGAAUGUGGAGUACACCUUCACGGGGAUUUACACCUUUGAGUCCCUCAUCAAGAUACUGGCCCGAGGCUUCUGUGUCGACGACUUCACAUUCCUCCGGGACCCCUGGAACUGGCUGGACUUCAGCGUCAUCAUGAUGGCGUACCUGACAGAGUUUGUGGACUUGGGCAACAUCUCAGCCUUGAGGACCUUCCGGGUGCUGCGGGCCCUCAAAACCAUCACGGUCAUCCCAGGGCUAAAGACAAUUGUGGGGGCCCUGAUCCAGUCGGUGAAAAAGCUGUCGGAUGUGAUGAUCCUCACUGUCUUCUGCCUGAGCGUCUUUGCACUGGUGGGACUGCAGCUCUUCAUGGGAAACCUGAGGCAGAAGUGUGUGCGCUGGCCCCCGCCGUUCAACGACACCAACACCACGUGGUACAGUAAUGACACGUGGUACGGCAAUGACACAUGGUAUGGCAAUGAGAUGUGGUAUGGCAAUGACUCAUGGUAUGCCAACGACACGUGGAACAGCCAUGCAAGCUGGGCCACCAAUGAUACCUUUGACUGGGAUGCCUACAUCAAUGAUGAAGGGAACUUCUACUUCCUGGAGGGCUCCAACGAUGCCCUACUCUGUGGGAACAGCAGUGAUGCUGGGCACUGCCCUGAGGGUUAUGAGUGCAUCAAGACUGGGCGGAACCCCAACUAUGGCUACACCAGCUACGACACCUUCAGCUGGGCCUUCCUGGCUCUCUUCCGCCUCAUGACACAGGACUAUUGGGAGAACCUCUUCCAACUGACCCUUCGAGCAGCUGGUAAGACCUACAUGAUCUUCUUCGUGGUCAUCAUCUUCCUGGGCUCUUUCUACCUCAUCAAUCUGAUCCUGGCCGUGGUGGCCAUGGCGUAUGCCGAGCAGAACGAGGCCACCCUGGCCGAGGAUAAGGAGAAAGAGGAGGAGUUUCAGCAGAUGCUCGAGAAGUUCAAAAAGCACCAGGAGGAGCUGGAGAAGGCCAAGGCCGCCCAAGCUCUGGAAGGUGGGGAGGCAGAUGGGGACCCAGCCCAUGGCAAAGACUGCAAUGGCGGCCUGGACACAUCACCAGAGGAGAAGGGAGCCCCAAGGCAGAGCAGCAGCGGAGACAGCGGCAUCUCUGAUGCCAUGGAAGAACUGGAAGAGGCCCACCAGAAGUGCCCACCAUGGUGGUACAAAUGCGCCCACAAAGUGCUCAUAUGGGACUGCUGCGUCCCGUGGAUGAAGUUCAAGAACAUCAUCCACCUGAUCGUCAUGGACCCGUUCGUGGACCUGGGCAUCACCAUCUGCAUCGUGCUCAACACCCUCUUCAUGGCCAUGGAACACUACCCCAUGACGGAGCACUUCGACCACGUGCUUACCGUGGGCAACCUGGUCUUCACAGGCAUCUUCACAGCAGAGAUGGUUCUGAAGCUGAUCGCAAUGGACCCCUACGAGUAUUUCCAGCAGGGCUGGAAUAUCUUCGACAGCAUCAUCGUCACCCUCAGCCUGGUAGAGCUAGGCCUGGCCAACGUACAGGGACUGUCUGUGCUCCGCUCCUUCCGUCUGCUGCGGGUCUUCAAGCUGGCCAAGUCAUGGCCGACGCUGAACAUGCUCAUCAAGAUCAUUGGCAACUCUGUGGGGGCGCUGGGCAACCUGACGCUGGUGCUGGCCAUCAUCGUGUUCAUCUUCGCCGUGGUGGGCAUGCAGCUGUUUGGCAAGAGCUACAAGGAGUGCGUGUGCAAGAUCGCCUUGGACUGCAGCCUGCCGCGCUGGCACAUGUAUGAUUUCUUCCACUCCUUCCUCAUCGUCUUCCGCAUCCUGUGUGGGGAGUGGAUCGAGACCAUGUGGGACUGCAUGGAGGUGGCUGGCCAAGCCAUGUGCCUCACCGUCUUCCUCAUGGUCAUGGUCAUUGGCAACCUCGUGGUCCUGAACCUGUUCUUAGCUCUGCUGCUGAGCUCCUUCAGCGCCGACAGUCUGGCAGCCUCGGAUGAGGACGGUGAGAUGAACAACCUGCAGAUUGCCAUCGGGCGCAUCAAGUUGGGCAUCAGCUUUGCCAAGGCCUUCCUCCUGGGGCUGCUGCAUGGCAAGAUCCUGAGCCCCAAGGACAUCAUGCUCAGCCUCGGGGAGACUGUCGGGGUCGGGGAGGCUGGAGAGGCCGGGGAGACUGCCCCCGUGGAUGAGAAGAAGGAGCCGCCCGAAGAGGACCUGAAGAAGGACAGUCACAUCCUGAACCACAUGGGCCUGGCUGAUGACCCCCCAUCCAGCAUUGAGCUGGACCACCUUAACUUCAUCAACAACCCCUACCUGACCAUACAGGUGCCCAUCGCCUCUGAGGAGUCCGACCUGGAGAUGCCCACCGAGGAGGAAACCGACACUUUCUCGGAGCCUGAGGAUAGCAAGAAGCCACCGCAGCCCCUCUAUGAUGGGAACUCCUCCGUCUGCAGCACAGCUGACUACAAGCCCCCCGAGGAGGACCCUGAGGAGCAGGCAGAGGAGAACCCCGAGGGGGAGCAGCCUGAGGAGUGCUUCACCGAGGCCUGCGUGCAGCGCUGGCCCUGCCUCUACGUGGACAUCUCUCAGGGCCGCGGGAAGAAGUGGUGGACUCUGCGCAGGGCCUGCUUCAAGAUUGUCGAGCACAAUUGGUUCGAGACCUUCAUUGUCUUCAUGAUCCUGCUCAGCAGCGGGGCUCUGGCCUUCGAGGACAUCUACAUUGAGCAGCGGCGAGUCAUCCGCACCAUCCUCGAAUAUGCUGACAAGGUCUUCACCUACAUCUUCAUCAUGGAGAUGCUGCUCAAAUGGGUGGCCUACGGCUUUAAGGUGUACUUCACCAACGCCUGGUGCUGGCUCGACUUCCUCAUCGUGGAUGUCUCCAUCAUCAGCUUGGUGGCCAACUGGCUGGGCUACUCGGAGCUGGGACCCAUCAAAUCCCUGCGGACACUGCGGGCCCUGCGUCCCCUGAGGGCACUGUCCCGAUUCGAGGGCAUGAGGGUGGUGGUGAACGCCCUCCUGGGCGCCAUCCCCUCCAUCAUGAACGUGCUGCUCGUCUGCCUCAUCUUCUGGCUGAUCUUCAGCAUCAUGGGUGUCAACCUGUUUGCUGGCAAGUUCUACUACUGCAUCAACACCACCACCUCUGAGAGGUUCGAUAUCUCCGAGGUCAACAACAAGUCUGAGUGCGAGAGCCUCAUGCACACGGGCCAGGUCCGCUGGCUCAACGUCAAGGUCAACUACGACAACGUGGGUCUGGGCUACCUCUCCCUCCUGCAGGUGGCCACCUUCAAGGGUUGGAUGGACAUCAUGUAUGCAGCUGUGGACUCCCGGGAGAAGGAGGAGCAGCCGCAGUACGAGGUGAACCUCUACAUGUACCUCUACUUUGUCAUCUUCAUCAUCUUUGGCUCCUUCUUCACCCUCAACCUCUUCAUUGGUGUCAUCAUUGACAACUUCAACCAGCAGAAGAAGAAGUUUGGAGGGAAAGACAUCUUUAUGACGGAGGAACAGAAGAAAUACUAUAACGCCAUGAAGAAGCUUGGCUCCAAGAAGCCUCAGAAACCAAUUCCCCGGCCCCAGAACAAGAUCCAGGGCAUGGUGUAUGACCUCGUGACAAAGCAGGCCUUCGACAUCACCAUCAUGAUCCUCAUCUGCCUCAACAUGGUCACCAUGAUGGUGGAGACAGACGACCAGAGCCAGCUCAAGGUGGACAUCCUGUACAACAUCAACAUGAUCUUCAUCAUCAUCUUCACAGGGGAGUGUGUGCUCAAGAUGCUCGCCCUGCGCCAGUACUACUUCACUGUCGGCUGGAACAUCUUCGACUUCGUGGUCGUCAUCCUGUCCAUUGUGGGCCUUGCACUCUCCGACCUGAUCCAGAAGUACUUCGUGUCACCCACGCUGUUCCGUGUGAUCCGCCUGGCGCGGAUCGGGCGUGUCCUGCGACUGAUCCGCGGGGCCAAGGGCAUCCGGACGCUGCUGUUCGCCCUCAUGAUGUCGCUGCCUGCCCUUUUCAACAUCGGCCUCCUCCUCUUCCUGGUCAUGUUCAUCUACUCCAUCUUUGGCAUGUCCAACUUUGCCUAUGUCAAGAAGGAGUCGGGCAUCGAUGAUAUGUUCAACUUCGAGACCUUCGGCAACAGCAUCAUCUGCCUGUUUGAGAUCACCACGUCGGCUGGCUGGGACGGGCUCCUCAACCCCAUCCUCAACAGCGGGCCCCCAGACUGUGACCCCAACCUGGAGAACCCGGGCACCAGUGUCAAGGGUGACUGCGGCAACCCCUCCAUCGGCAUCUGCUUCUUCUGCAGCUACAUCAUCAUCUCCUUCCUCAUCGUGGUCAACAUGUACAUCGCCAUCAUCUUGGAAAACUUCAACGUGGCCACAGAGGAGAGCAGCGAGCCCCUUGGUGAGGAUGACUUUGAGAUGUUCUACGAGACAUGGGAGAAGUUCGACCCGGAUGCCACGCAGUUCAUUGCCUACAGCCGCCUCUCGGACUUCGUGGAUACCCUGCAGGAACCGUUGAGGAUCGCCAAGCCCAACAAGAUCAAGCUCAUCACGCUGGACCUGCCCAUGGUGCCGGGGGACAAGAUCCACUGCCUGGACAUCCUCUUUGCCCUGACCAAAGAGGUCCUGGGUGACUCUGGGGAAAUGGACGCCCUCAAGCAGACCAUGGAGGAGAAGUUCAUGGCAGCCAACCCCUCCAAGGUGUCCUACGAGCCCAUCACCACCACCCUCAAGAGGAAGCACGAGGAGGUGUGCGCCAUCAAGAUCCAGAGGGCCUACCGCCGGCACCUGCUACAGCGCUCCGUGAAGCAGGCAUCCUACAUGUACCGCCACAGCCACGACGGCAGCGGGGACAACGCCCCUGAGAAGGAGGGGCUGCUUGCCAACACCAUGAGCAAGAUGUAUGGCCACGAGAACGGGAACAGCAGCUCGCAGAGCCCAGAGGAGAAGGGCGAGGCAGGGGACGCCGUACCCACUAUGGGGCUGAUGCCCAUCAGCUCCUCAGACACUGCCCAGCCUCCCGCCUCUCCCCCGGGGCAUAUAGUGCGCCCAGGGGUCAAGGAGUCUCUUGUCUAGCAGGCAGCAUCGAGAUGGCCCUCUGAAUCUCAGCACAGUCCCCAGAGCUCCCCCGUGGUGCCUGCACACAGAGUGAGGGAGGAGGGCUUUGGUUCUGGGACUGUGUCUGGCUCCCUGAUGGGGGACAGGAUUUGGCCACACUGGGGCUGACACCCAGGCCCGAGCGUCUGCAUCUCCAGACCCGAGCGCCUGUGUCUCUAGACCAUGGGAAAUGGGCAUUGCACUCAGGGGCUCCAUGCUGGGCCUGAGGCCCCUGCCUCCAUGAUUUAACCUUCAAGUUGCUCUGACCUCCUCCUGGGCCCUGUCGCCCCCUCUUUUGGCCUGGGGGAGAUCAGAACGUUGGAAUCUCUGCCCCUCACUUGGGGAGGAGCUGGCCUGCGGUGGAGCGAUCAGUUGCUGCCCCAUCACCAGAGUCUUAAGGGUCACUGGCCUCUCCCCAGGAAGUGGCUCAGACCCCUCAGCCCCAGCCCAGACAAAGAUGUCUUAACCUCAGGGAGUGCAGACACCUAACCCCAGGGCACUGCCAGCCCGCUCCCGCUCUGACUCUGGGGCGCAGCUUCGCCCACCAGGCCAGCUCAGGAAUUCCCUGGAAAAGGGAAAUGUGACUGGUUCAGAAAUAGCUCCUCAAGCCUCAAAACCUGAUUGGCCACUGGAUCCUGCUGCUUUGGGCUGGGAUGGUGACUCCUGAAACCUUUUCCCAGGCCACGUCCAGGUCCAUAGCUCCCCUGGCUGGCCCCUAGGGGAAGAAUAGAAGGAAGGAUGCCACUUGGGAAUUGUCCUUUUCUAGGAAGCACGGGUGAUUCAGGCUGGGUCCUGCCAGCUGGAUCGCUGCACAUGGCCUGAGCAUCCAGACCUGAGCUGGGGUCGGGGACCUGCUGCUCAGUAAGAAGAUUCUCGCCCCUUCCCUCUCUCCCUGCCUCAUUCCUCCGUGAGCACCACCAGGGCUCCAGGAGCCUCAUCCAGCCUCAGAUAUCUCCCUUCUCAUCUCCCCAGGCCUGUCUCAUUCUCUCUCCUCAUUUUUCCCACCUCUCUCCUCAAAGUGAUCCUAAGAAUGUACAGUUUAGCUCAGGUUAGAUAUUUUGAGCCUGGGGCGUGCAGCAGGGAAGACCCGACUGGCUCAGGCUCAACCUUCCAACGUCCUGUGGCCUGAAAAAGCACUUCUUCUGCACUGCUGUUCUGGGCAUGGCAGGGCCAGGCCUCUGCUGGCUCCUGGAGAACAGAGGCUGUGUCCAGAGGAGGAGGGGUGAGAGACCUGCUCAGGCGUCACUGGAUUUAUUCACUUGUGUGUGUACCUGUGGCUGUGUGUCUGCUUGUAUGCUUGUAGGCCUGUGUGUAUAACCGUGUGUGUGUUCAAGUGCGUGACUGUACAUGUGUGUGUGAACCACUGUGUACUGGUGCCUGCAUUAUGCACGUGUGUCUGGGUAUCUUUGUAUAUAUGUGUGUCAGUGUGCCCUGGAGUGUUUCAAGGUCCAUGGAGUACGGCUGGUGUGUCGUACUGUGCAGGCCUGUCCCUGGGAGUGUUCCCGUGUCUGGGAGAGUGGACCUGUGGAUGAGUGUGAGUGCGUGUGGUAAGGUGUGUACUCAGGGCAUUCUGUUGGCCUAAGUGCCUCUUCUUUUUCUUCUUGUUUCUCAUGAAAAGUUUGAUUCAAAUUCAGGAAGCACCAAAACCUUCAAAACAAGACAUGUAUGUGUGCUUGUGUGUGUGCACGUGUGUGUGUGCACGUGUGUGUGUGCACAUCUACAUGCCAUGUCUAUGGGCCAGAGUUGUCUUUAUUGUCCACCAUGCUCUCUCACCUGCUCCUGGUCCCGCCUGAACAGCCCUCUCUCUCAUUCCUGGUGAGCUCCUCUCCUUCCCUUCCUGUUUCUCGUCAUCACACCCAUGGCCUCAGCCCUGCUCCCCGCCUCCCACCUAUGUCUCUCCUAUGGAAGGAGACCUCCACUCCUUCCAUCUCUUCCUUCAGAAGUUUUGUCUAAUGGGGACAGCCUCCCCUGCCCAGCACCCUGCCCCUCUGCCUUGCCCUCCUGGGCCCUGGGCUGCCACAGCCCCUGGAGCCUCAGAAAUCUCUUUGAUUGGAUAUUCUCCUCGGACUGUGUGCAGGUUGCAGAGGAAGAGUAUGAUAAGCCGGGUCCAGCCUCUCCCUGCCUGUGGCCCCUCCCCUACACACAGACGCCCAUUCCUGCCCGGUCCAGUGGGGAACAGGUCCCACACCAGGCCAGCAGGCGGGCUCCUUUGUACAGUUCUUACAAUAAACCCUCCCUGGUGCCUCUG